UACAGCUGCUCGGGCCAUAAACCGGCGAGACAGGGGGCACGUAGCCAGUUUUGCUACAACGCGCUUGUGCAAAAUGAAACACUCUCUCUUUCUUCGUUAGCUGUGGGAUGCUGCUGGCGUAAUUUGUUGAGGACGCACUUUUCACGGCCAUUCAACAGCGUUUGAAGACGCACUGUUUUGUGAUACCUAAAUCAAUAGGAAUCAUGACUUUAUUUUUCGUACAGAUUUUCUGAAAAGUCAAAAAGUCAAACAGUAACAUACAUACUUUGAAAUUUUGCAAAAUCCUGUAUGUUAUAAUUUGUGACUGAUGGUUCAAAAUGGGGCCACAUCAUUGUAUUUUGUCCUCUUCGGAUCAGACAUGUGUGUUCGCUACUUCAUUAAACAGCUAAGUUGAAGCUUCCUGGUGAAAGCCGCAUUUUCCAAGGGAAUUUGCCAGGAAUAUAGAAACAUAUCGGAACGAAAAGGAAAAGUGGCGAGACGGACUACAUCAGAACACUCUCCAAUUGCUCGUAUUUAUUAUUAACUGUUGCUGUGUUAGCCCGUGUUUUUCACAAACAUCAGUAGUGUAAGGAAGUGAAAAUAUGUAUGUAGAUGUUUCUAAUGAUAAAAUGUUGUGAGUUAAUGAUCAUAAGUGUAAAUUUCAGUUCACAAAGUUAAAAAAAGACAAAUAUGGAUCUGCCUCCUCCUAGCGUAAUGAUACAGCAAACUCUGAUCUUUCUGUGUUGUGACACUUAAGAAACAGUAUUUUUCCCUUUCACAUAACCUUAACUACAGCAACAAUAAAUACAACAAACAGCAAUACUUACAGCAUGAGCAAAUUAACACAAACGCACCCACAAAAAAGCAACAAAAUUUCAGAAGUCGCGGUUGAGAGUCACCUAUGAAAUAGCCGUUACGAAAUCAUAAACAGUGAUGAACCAAUGAACACACAUGGACAGGAAGAGUGAAAUGAAGCAACAGUUUUGGAGCCAGUGACAAGACUCUUCUUUAGUCGUCUACGUUCCUCAGAAGGGAUACAUUCACACGUCUUGCCCAAAAAUAUCACCGAUUGUCGAGGAGAAAAGUGGUUAUCUUGAAACAGUUUCCCUAGAAUAUAUUUUUUAAAAACAAGGUGUAAAUUGAAAGUUGCUGUUUGUAACAGGUGAUUGUUUUGGACAGGUGGACAUUGGAACAUGUUAGAUUGUGUAUGGAUGCGUAUUUCAAGGGUUGGGUAAGAUAUCUGAUCUUCAGUAAAGACGAAAGGUUUCAGGAAAUUAGAAAAAAGAAAACGGAAAUUCUCACGAUGUUGCGUCGAUGGUGGGUCGUUGUUUUCUUUCUGUUGGCUUUUCUGUUGGUGACAUCAAAACUGUUCUUCAAGGCUUCCGUCUCUGAACCUCGUUUGAGACAAUCCAGAGACACCCAAAGUGUAGACACAGGACUGGAAACCUUGCUCUUACACGAGCUAAACAGGACAGGCGCCAGUCCCAACUGGGUCAUCUAUGACGGUAGUAACCACACGGGAGACUUGCACUUCCUCACCACCACCGACUGGACAGUGGUCAUUCUGGGUGCUGGAGAACACGUGGACCGACACAGGUGAGUCAGCUGACCAUAACUAGAUCCAUAAAUGUGCACCUUUGUGGGUAAAAAAAAAACAGAAUCCUUCAUAUUAUUAUAUACGAUCAUUUUUAUUUUGAUAUCCUACAAUCUAUGUUUCAUUUUGUAAUUGUUGCUUGUUUUCAGUUUGUCUGUUUGCCUUUAAUUUAAUCUGUCCUUUUUUAAUGUAACUGUUGUAGCCAUCUUUUUUCUUUAUCUCAGAUGUUCUUUUUUCUUCCUUGUUUAUAUUUGUUUUUAUUUAGAAAAAAAAUAAUAGAUGUUUGUCCCCUCCCUUGCCCUCGCCAGGCAAGUGAAUAAGUAAAUAACAAAAAUUAUAAAUUUAAAAAAAUGGAGAAAAAAAAUAGAAAGAAAAGUAGAAAGG